AUGGGGCGAACAAGGGAAGCUGCUGGAUCAAGCCGAGGACAAAGUUCCACUAGGUCCACGAGUGUAAACCCGAAUACUCGGCCUAUAACGAAGCGAUGGGAUUCCAUUGACACUAAGUGUUUAGCCGCUCUGAGCUCGGUUGAAGUUCAUCCCACUAGAAGUGGUUGUCGAGACGCUCUGAGCUCCCUUGGACUGCUUGAAGAUGCAGAGACAUUAUUUCAGACCAUAGGCCUUGGGAAAGCUUGGUGCCUGGAACACUUCACUUAUCCCAAGUUAGUUAAGGAGUUCUUAGCCACGUGUCGUCUUCGUUAA